AAAGAAGACUGUGGUCGACCAAAUAAACAAAGGACAGUAUAACUUCUGAUACUUGUCAAAAGAAUCUGAAGUAGUUUGAGAAGAAAUGGUGCUGUUGAGAUAUUUGCACAUUUGAGGCAUUUACAAAGUCACAUCAGUUCACCCUGUGUCUGCUUAAUGAUCAACCCACAGGACACAAUGAUCAACGCAGGACAAAUAUAAAGGGCCUGUUGGUACAGAGGACUGAAAGAACUCUAGUAACAAAAAUUGUGAACGAAUGGCAAAGAAUAAGGCAACCAUGAAGCUGGCUCUGCUGAUGAUACUGGUGGUACUGACCAAUGCAAUCCUAGCAGCAGAGAAUAUGGGCACUGAGGAACCAGACCUGCCUCAAGUAGGGACUCGGUCAACCUUCGCAGCCCUGGACGAUGUCCGUCUCAUAGCGAACGGCCUCCUGCAGCUCGGCAAGAACCUGAGGGACUUCGUGCAGAAGACAAAAGGCCAGAUCAACGACAUCUUGCAAAAGCUCAACAUAUUCGACAAGUCCUUCUACCAGCUCUCUGUUCUGGCCAGCGAGAUCAAAGAGGAAGAAGAGGAGCUAAAAAAGACCACGGUGGUGCUCAAAGCCAACAACGACGAGAUAAAGAGUCUGUCGCUGGAGAUAAACUCCAAAGUAGAGGAAAUCAUGACGGAGAGAAUCCAGCUGCGGAAACAGGUCGGGGGGCUGGAGGAGAAGCUGAGUGGGCUUUCUCAAGGCCUGCUCUCAGCAGAUCAGGUUGCAGAAAUUUCUGCGUUGAAGGAGGUGAUCCAAGCCCAAGAGAGGAGUAUCUCAGAGCUGCUGAAGGCGGUGAAGGAACAAAGUGAGCAUCUCAACUACCAGAAAAACAAGAUCAAGGGUUUGGAGAAUAAGCUCAACUCUGCCAGUCUUCAAGAAACUACCUCUAAAUUUCGAUGGGACGCCCAAACCUACGGCAUGUCAGAAUAUCUGUCCAACUAUUCCACUGAUGGAAGCUUCUCGAGUGAUUUCCCAAGGGACUGUGGCGAGGUCUUCAGCAUGGGAGAGAACACUAGCGGCCUGUAUGCCAUCAAGCCAAACCAGUCAGAGCCGUUUCUUGUGUACUGCGAAUUCACACAAGAGGGGGCGUUCACCGUCAUUCAACGCAGACACGACGGCUCUGUCAAUUUCAACCUGUCCUGGCAAAGCUAUGAGGAUGGAUUUGGAGACUUCAAGAGUGAGUUCUGGCUUGGCCUGAAGAAGAUCUUCUCCAUCGCCAGGCAGGGUGAGUCUCUCCUGCGCCUUCAAAUGGAGGACUGGAAACAAGAGAAACAUUCCACAGAGUUCCAGUACAACCUGGAGGGCCCUGAUUCCAACUACACCAUCCACCUCAAGCUAGUGGGCCCGACCCCUGAUACAGACUUCCAGGCAGUGAGAUUCUCCACCCAAGACCACAAUGAUGGGUACCAUGACGAAAGCUGUGCCCAUGACUACACAGGAGGAUGGUGGUUCAGAGCUUGUGGCGACAUCAACCCGAAUGGUAGAUGCAUCCAGAGCAGACCUCGCAGGAAGGGAAUCCAGUGGAAGCAUAAUAAAGGACAAGGCCACUUAAAAUCCUCACAGAUCUCCAUUCAUCAUGCUAAAAAAACUUAGCCUGCACAUCUGCAGUACGAAAGACACUAGUAUGACACCAAUGAUGUCAUCAUUGCUCUCUGACUUUUUGUAUUGUAUAUUAAUUAGCUGCACUAUAACAGUUAUGAAAUAUAUAGGCAUGACAGCCCCUUGCCUGGUGAUAGGCUAACACGUGCCCCAUUAGUCUUAGGUAGAUAAAACAAAUAAAAGAUAAAAGAAAAAAAGAAAAGUUUUGAUAAAUUUUAUUUAUAUUUUUGUUUUUGCUGACCAAACGGUCAACCGUGCCUUCCUAAAGCAGGCAGCUCCAAUCAGGAUAGAGACUUAUCACAGAAUUUUUAUAUAUAACUUUAAGUUGGGUGGUAAAUUGACUGUUUUGUAAACAGUGGAGUCAAAACAUCUGCUUCCAUUAAUGUGGACUUAAUUUAGUGGACAAUCACAGAGCACUGAGUUUCCUCAUGCAGCAGUAUUAUUAUUAACAGCUGUUAUUAUUUUUACACAACUUCUAAUAAAGGCUUCCUUACCUUACA